AUGCCCGCCCACCUACAAGCAGUCCAGUCAGCACCUAGCACCAGGCCACCAGACCAGACCAGCAGAGCACACCUCGGAGCCAUCGCAUCGUCAGCCGCUCGCUCGCCUUACGCCUCACUCACACCUCAAGUCGUCUUCAACGGGCCGCCUGCCUACCUUUACCGCUCCGACCUCUACGGGCUUGACCUUGCUUUCUCGUCUUGCGGCUUGCCGCAAUCUGACCAGAACUGCACGAAGCACGUUUGA